CACCUGUUCAGCAAGAUGGCCUCGCUGAGUGUAAAGCCAGGCCAGCGCUUCACCUUGCCGGACUGGAAGAACAACUCCCUCCUCAUCUCGGCGGACGCCGAACAGCAGCGUUUUAAUUCCCACCACAUCCGGCAGGAAGGACGAGUUCUCCGCAAUGACACCGGCAACCAGGCAAAAUGGGAUGAGCACAACAGCCGAACCCACCUAAAGGAUCGUAUCACCACCGUGGACAAAUGGAGAGAGGCCCUGGCCAAAUGCCUCAAAGACCUAGACUCGGAAAUUGAUGCCUUAAGCAAAGUGAAGGAAGCAGCAGAAAAUGCCAUCCAGGCAAAGAACUUGUGUUUGGAUGUUGCCAUUGAGUGCCUGACAUUCCGUGAGAGCCGUCGUGACAUCGAUGUGGUGAGGGAUCCUGUGGAAGAGGAAUUACACAAAGAGGUGAAGGUGAUUGAGAAAACCAAGAAAGAGCUGCAGCAGCGAGUGGAUGAUGCCUUCAGACAGCUCUGCCUCUUAAAGGAAGCUCGUCAGCAGCUGAGCUGCGACCACCGGCACAAGGUGGAAGCGUUGGAGCUCGAUCGGCAGUGCAUGUCCUUCAACCCCACCUCUGGCAACAUCUCCUUCAAGGUCAACCCAACACGGAUCCCAGAUGGAACAACUGCACUUAGUGAGUGGGAGCUGAACAGCCGGUGCAACAAGGAGCGUGCUGAGGCAGAAAUGAGAGCCUCAGUUGAUCUCCGAGGAGCAAUCACACUUACCAUUGCCCAGACAAACAAUGAGCUGGAUGCUCAGCGUAUAGCUACAGAGUUUGCACUGAGGAAGAGGAUGAGAGACAUGGAAGCAGCCCUUAGUGAGCUGAGAUGGCAGGAGAAGAAUACCUUGGAGGAGAUUGCUGAGAUGGAGGAGGAGAUCCGACAGCUGGAGGAAGAUAUCAAGAAGAGAACCCUGGAUCUGAAAGUGGCUCACACGCGCCUGGAGACGCGCACAUACCGGCCCCACAUCGAGCUGUGCCGGGACCAGGCUCAGUUUGGACUGACAGACGAGGUCCAGCAGCUGGAGGGGAUGAUCCGUGCACUCCAGCAGAAGAGGACGGAGUCACAGGAUGCCUUGGACGCCCUUUACAGACAACUCCACCGCAUUCAGACCGAUAUUGGCUACAAAACCAAUUCUCUGCAGCUAGACAACAAGUGCAUGGACACCCGGAGAAAACUCGUGGUCCCUGUGGAGAAGUUUGACCCAGAGGUCGACGCUGUCAGCCGCACCAGGAACCUGCCGAGGGAAAGUCAGCUGGAGCUGGCUUAG